AGCGCCCGUGAGUGUCGUGUCUCUUUGAGUGCUAAGCGAACUAUCCCGAUUCCUUUUACCUACUCCCGACGUAGUGGGCUAGAGCGUGACUCACGCGUGCGUGUGGUGCUUUCAUUUCGCUUGCCUUUCCCUCAUCAACGUUGUUAACUUUUUACGGGUUUCAUUUCUUUUCAAAUGGUUCACCAGCAAAUUGUAUGCACAUAUUUGGACGAGUGUAAACUUGGCAGUGUCUACUUCCUCGCCACGCUUGUCUCAUCCUCCCUUUCCAACUUAUUUUUUUCCCAAUUUGUAAAUGCUUGUUUUUUUUAUUCCCUAUUUAAUUCGAAGUUGACGUCUUAUAUAAUGAAUCAUCUUCAGUUUAUUUAAAUCGGAAAUUUGUAAUAAAGUUCUCUUUUUCAGUAAUAAGUGAGUUGUGAACUUCUGAAAAGCAGCUGGGAACUAUCUUAGGGUAUAGCUUUGGUGUGCAUCAUUAGUAAACUUAAGUGUAAAGAAACUUGCAUUCUGAAAUGUCGGAUCCUGUAGUGCUAAGUUUCCACGAUAGCCUGCUGCACGAGUCAGACCUGCGUCUGCUCAAAGGGCGGCACUGGCUCAACGACGCCCUGAUCUCUUUCUGGCUGGAGUAUCUGCAGCACACAAUCUUUCCUGACCAAACGCGCGUGCUCUGCGUCGGGCCAGAGGUCACCCAACUCCUCAAGAUGUGCGACCCUGCAGAAGUUGCUGUCGUAUUGGAUCCACUAGAAGCUAACCACAAAGACUUCAUCCUCCUCCCUGUCAAUGAUAACAACUCAGCCAUCGCCUCUGGUGGCAGUCAUUGGAGCUUGCUUGUUUUCAGUAGGUUUGACUUCAAGUGGUAUCACUACGACUCGAUGAGAGGCUCCAACUACCAGCACGCCAGGAGUCUUGUUCAACGGAUAAACAGAUACCUGGAGCGGGACGCGGUUCUUGUGGACGCGACGUGCACCCAGCAGGACAACAGCUACGACUGCGGCGCUUUCGUCCUCCUCAACGCCGAGCACGCGGCGUCCGCUGCCACAACGGGCGCCCCUCUGGGCACCAACUGCGUGCCUCGGCACCGCGCCGCUGAGAUCAGGCAGACUCUUGCUGACGUUAUCGACGCGCUACGUCAUCAGUCUUCAUAAGACUUGAAUACUUUUUUUGGUAAUAAAUUCCUGCUUUGAUUUGCUCAUAAAAGAGCAGUAUACACAGAGGACUUGUCACACCGGGCAAAGCAGGGUUUGUACAGUAUAGAGUUUACAGAUUUUAGCAGGAAAAACUGGCGAGCGUUCCUAUGUGUUCUUUCUCGUAAUUUGUGCUUGAGGAUUGAAAGCUGUACACGUCAAGGAACUAAUUAAGAUGUCUUUGUAAUGGGCAUUUUAUUUAAGCGAAUAAUUAUCGCAUGACAGGCGUGAAGUAGUGAUUAAGAUUUGAGAUUAAGCGCUCGCGUACGUGUCGCGCUCGCUGAUAAGAAUGUCGGUUUUUCAUGGUGGCAGAUGAGCUGUGGGUUAAUCGCACGUGGAUUUAGCUACACAUUUAGCUAGAAAUAGAAACACUUGUGUUCUAGCUUUAGUUAUGUUGCAGCAGGGAUCCUACUAUGUUAUUGACAUCGCUGACUACGAAGGUAGAUGUCUUAUCAAUAGUAACAUUUAUGACCUUUAUAAGGUUUCCAAAGGCAAAUUUGUAUAACAAAGUAAGCAAUUCGAUAUUAAUCAAAAUUUAUUGACUUAUGUUAACAGCGCAGUCUCGGGAAUACUUGCAGACUGAAUUGGUUUACUUUUUACUCGUCACAGAUCUGUACUUCGUGUAAUUUAUAAACCAUGUUACACAAAGAUUUGCGAUAGUAAAUGACGCAAAAGAUCUUAAGUAAAUAUUGAAAUACCUAUCAAGGACGAAAAGUGUAAAUAUCAUGUGAAAAGUUUGCUGAAGCUAACUCAGCGUAACAUUGCACAAGGACCAAGUAAUCACAGCGCGCUUGAAACACGUGUUCAAUCUUUCUAUACGAUUAUUUCUCAAUGCCGCGUACGAGUUUUUUUUGCCCUCCUGGCCUCCAUUUUUAGAAGGCAGCGUCUGCGAUUAGGUACCAGACAGAAGAUUCUUACAAUGCCCACCUCAACAUCGAUCAACUAUUUUUCAUUGUUGAAAAUUUUUAUAUCAAAUGUACCUCAUGUUGACAGCCAACAAGUAACCACAAGAUCGAGCCACUUUCACAUCGCACGUGCAUUGUACUGCACUGAAUUUCCAGACGGUGAAUACCAUCCAUGCACGAUUAAUUAUUUUUAAAAUUAAAAUUUACAACUGAC